GCGCUAGUGAGCAACCAGGAACAACAAGACCAGGAAAUGAGCUUCAAAAACGAAGUCUGGGUUUGGCCGCUUGAUUAAACUUCAGAAGACGAAGAAGCGGAAGAGGAAAAAGAAGAAGCACACGAGGACGAAGUAGAAGAAGAUAACUGCUAUCCGUCCACAUCCCGGAAAUACUCCGGUAACAGAAGCUAUCGGAAGCUGUAGCCCCCAGAAAUGUGCUGUAGCCUCAUUAGCCUGACUAGUUGUUUCUCUGAUUCACCUUUGUUUGUGGACGUGUAUGGGGAGGACGUUGUACCGGAGCCACAAUUUCUAGGACGAAUGCGUAAUGUGAAAAUUAGAUUAUUCAAAUAGUAGAUAUUCUGAGGAACCCAUUUCACCCUACAGUUACUGAGUUAGAAUCCUUUGAUUUUGGAGGAGAGCAAGAUUUAUAACGGGGCGUCUGUUCCUGACUCGACGGUUUUCGUAAUAAAGUGUACAGCCUAGAUGCUGAGAAGCACCUCCUCUGAGGAUCUGCCCUGUGAAAAGAAAGCAACCUCACUCAUAGCUUCGUUUUUUCCUUAUCACAUUGAAGUAAUACGCAAUGUUCAACUUUGAAGAUUUCAGCCGUCAUCUGCUGAGGUUAUGGGUAAUGGCUUUAUUAGGCCUUGCUCUUGCUGCUCGCCCUUCACACGGACAAUCCUGUGGCGCUCCACCUGAUGUGUUAAAUGGACAAUGGAUUGGUGAAAGCAUUCUGGUUGGUGCAACAAUGACACUUGAGUGUAAUACUGGCUACACGGUCGGGGGAAAAAUAUCCACUAUGCAGUGCGAGCCUGGUGGCUGGAAUGGGAAAGGAUUUGUGUGUGAGGCUGUGAAAUGUCCUCUGCCCGAACAAAUCCUGAAUGGAAAAUCCUCUCUGGAUGUCGACAGAGAAUAUUUGUCGUACCAGGAAUCAGUCUUGUAUACCUGCGAUAAGUCCUACACCCUUUCUGGAGAAUCAGAACUGAGGUGCACAGAAAAAGGAACAUUAAAUGCAGAACCCCCUGAAUGUAAAAUAGUAAACUGUUCCCAGCCUGAGGUCAAGUUUGGGAGUCAGGUUGAAGGUCGACCGCCCUACGUCCACAAAUCCUUCAUUGUUUAUAAAUGCAAUGAAGGCUAUCAAAUGAAGGGCUCCUCAAAAAUUGUCUGUGAAGACAAUGUUUGGUCGUCAAAGCCUCCAGUUUGCGAGAAAAGAAAAUCCUGUAGCGCUCCACCUGAUGUGUUAAAUGGACAAUGGAUUGGUGAAAGCCUUCUGGUUGGCGCAACAAUGACACUUAAGUGUAAUACUGGCUACACGGUCGGGGGGAAAAUAUCCACUAUGCAGUGCGAGCCUGGUGGCUGGAAUGGGAAAGGAUUUGUGUGUGAGGGUGAUGCAUCGGGUACUGGCUCAUCGCAUACUGAGGUUUACAGUGCCCUCGCUCAGAGAGUUGUGAUGGCGCUGCUCAUACCUGUCGGCCUGCAUCUCUCCCUGUGAGAGAUCUACUGUACCCGACACUCUGUGACCUCACAGACGACCAGCGGCCUCACUGCGUAUUGUAAUCCCUUCCUGCUCCGCUCUGGACGCUGUGGAGUCUGCAAGGAUGCUUGUAGUGCUUCCUAACUGCUGCUUAUAACAAAAAAAUCCUUGGAGUGAACCAUUUCCAUCUGAAAUCUAAAUUAUUAUUUUAAUUAAUUUAAUUGAUCUAAUUUCAUUUAUUUGCCUGUGUUCAGCAUUUACCUAACAUAUCCCCUCAAAAUGAAAAAUUUUCAGAACUCUUUAUUAUUGACAUUAGGAAUGGACAUUAUUUCCCCUUAUCCCUGUUGUAUUCCACUAUCUUAAUUGCAGUAUUCCGUGAUCUUAUUUGUUUUUGUUAUUAAUUUAAAUUACGGUUUUAUCCAUGGAGAAAUAAAAAUCCACAGAGAAAUAAAACCCUCUUAUAGAGGGUUCAAUUAACCCUGGGUUCAUUUGAUGCUACACGAAAUAGCGUACUCCCCAUACUUGAAAUAAACUUUAAUUAUACUUCAAAUGUUCUGAAGUAUAAAAUAGUAUACUUCAAGUAUACUAUUUUUUCACGUGGGACUGGCCAUGGAAAUCUUGAUUCAAAUCCACAUGCAUCAGCUGAAUUGACUCUUUCGCUAUCGUAACUGCUAUUGCGACACAGGUUCCUCUUUUUCAACUUUGUGCCUUGCAUACCUAUGCUUGGUUUGUUAGAUGGACUGCUGAGCUGUCCAUUGGAGUUAGUAGUCCGUGACUACAAUUUGAAAGGUAUGAUGAUGUGUAAGAUACAUUGUGAAUCGCUUGCUUAUUGUACAGAACAGUGGCCAGAUUGUGCAGGCCCUCGUAGUCAAAAAAAAAAAAAAAAGUCUAAAA